CCCCACUUUCAUACAUACUCGGGUACACGAGGUCUCCUGCACUUAUUGAGCAAUAAUUCGUCGUCAGUUUCGCUAACUGGCAUACCGCCAUUUCAGACAUAUACAAUAUACCAUCUAAUCUGCUAUAUCCCUGCGGGCGGGACGAGUGCAAUCUUGACUAUUUCAACUUGUCCAUUCCAUUAACCACUACUUCUUGCACUUUAUUCCGUCAUGGCCAGUGAAAUCGUCAAAUCCAUACCCUCCCCUGCUCAGGGCGUUGGCCCUGUUUACCAGUCUGAUAAAGAAAAACCUACGGCAACAGUAUCUAAGGACAUUUCCUACGAAAAUGUCCACGUUCUGCCUCAAACCCCUCAACUGAUUGCGUUAUUGACAAUGAUCAGAGAUCAAAAUACCAGCCGUGCUGACUUCAUCUUUUAUUCGAACAGGAUCAUCCGUCUCCUGGUGGAAGAAGGCCUCAACCAUCUUCCGGUUGUUGAGCAAUCCGUCACUACUCCUGUGGGCCGCGCAUAUCUUGGUGUUAAGUUCGAGGGGAAAAUAUGCGGAGUUUCGAUUAUGAGAGCUGGCGAGGCAAUGGAGCAAGGGUUGAGAGACUGUUGUCGGUCGGUUCGGAUAGGGAAAAUCCUUAUCCAAAGAGAUGAAGAAACAUGCAAACCAAAGCUUUUCUACGAGAAGCUUCCUGCUGAUAUAUCCAAUCGAUGGGUACUUCUGCUAGAUCCAAUGUUUGCAACAGGCGGAUCUGCAACACUUGCUGUUGAAGUUUUGAAGGCCAAGGGUGUACCAGAAGAGCGUAUCCUAUUUCUAAAUCUUAUUGCAAGUCCUUCGGGAGUUACAGAUUUUGCGAAACGCUUCCCUAAGCUCAGGGUUGUGACUGCCUUCAUCGACCAAGGUUUAGAUGAAAAGAAAUAUAUUAUUCCGGGCCUUGGUGAUUUCGGUGACCGAUACUAUACCCUAUAAAAAAUAUAGCGACCAGAAGGACAAAUACCUCUCCCCAGCCAACGCCUAAAUAACAAUAAAUUUCCCAGUAUCUUUUUGGCAAUUGCCGUCUGUGGAACAUUCGCCAACAGACUGCAUGGCAUACGCACUUAUAGUAGAGUGAACCCUGUAGGCAAAGGAGUAAUAAUCACUAAAAAUCGCAAUGCCUCCAUUUGCACAGCGUUUAUCUUCCCCGCUGUAUCUUCAAUAACUUUCUGA